GGGAGCGCGCACGGCGUGUGUGCGGGGACCUCCGGGAAACCCGGCUCCGUGAGGGCAAGGGCGCCGUGUCCCCGGGAGAGUUUCCCGGUGGAAGUGACCGAGCUGCGGUGGCCAUCGGCAACCAAGACCGGCAAAGAUGGACGAAAAGGCAAAGAAGGGGCAGAUUGACAGCACACAUGGAAGACCAUCUUCCCCCAGCAGUUAACUCUUGGGUGCUUCUACCAAGUUUGAGUCCCCUACUUCAGCCCUCCCUGCUAAUCCUGCCCACCAGCUCUGAGCAUCCAGCAUCCUGAAGGGCCUGUUCCAUGGGCCUGCUGCUCACAGGCCCCUUGAAUUGGCACAAGCUGUAUCCCAUUGCUCAGGGAGACCGCCAGUCACCCAUCAACAUCAUAUCGAGCCAGGCUGUGUACUCACCCAGCCUGCAGCCACUGGAGCUUUCCUAUGAAACCUGCACAUCCCUCAGCAUCACCAACAAUGGCCAUUCUGUCCAGGUAGACUUCAAUGACAGUGAUGAUCGAACAGUGGUGACUGGGGGCCCCCUGGAAGGGCCCUACCGCCUCAGGCAGUUCCACUUCCACUGGGGAAAGAAGCAUGACGCAGGCUCAGAGCACACUGUGGACGGCAAGUCGUUCCCCAGCGAGCUACAUCUAGUUCACUGGAAUGCCAAGAAGUAUAGCACCUUUGGAGAGGCAGCCUCAGCACCCGAUGGCCUGGCUGUGGUUGGUGUCUUCCUGGAGACAGGGGAUGAGCACCCCAGCAUGAAUCGUCUGACGGAUGCACUCUACAUGGUUCGGUUUAAGGGCACCAAGGCCCAGUUCAGCUGCUUCAACCCCAAGUGCCUCCUGCCCACCAGCCGGCACUACUGGACCUACCCAGGCUCCCUGACCACACCCCCUCUCAGUGAGAGUGUCACCUGGAUUGUACUCCGAGAGCCCAUCAGCAUCUCUGAGAGGCAGAUGGAGAAGUUCCGGAGCCUACUUUUCACCUCGGAGGAUGAUGAGAGGAUCCACAUGGUGAACAACUUCCGGCCACCACAACCCCUGAAGGGCCGCGUGGUCAAAGCCUCCUUCCGGGCCUGAGCUGCCCACCUGCCCAGCUGGCCAUAAGGGCACCAUCUUCCCAAGGGCUUCCAUGUCAGCAGACACCAAACCAUCUGAGGCUCCCUGCCUGGGGGUACUGUGGACCCCCUUUCAGCCGACUUGCUCCUUGACUACUCUGGAGUGUUUUUGAUGGGACCCUGGAGUUGAGGGCACCCUUCUGCUGCCCUGGGGACCAGAAGAACAGGAGCUGAGCAGGACCCAAGCCUGGGCUGCCUCUGCUCUCUAAGACCCAAAGGCCCCUGGGAACCUUCUCUCGUCUUCCCCACUGGCAGUGGCAGCAGCCCCACCCUGAGCUCACACUGUGAUGGACAAGACCGAGCUCCCCAGGGUCAGGCAGCUGGCACUGCCAGAAAGACUCAAGCAAUAAUUAGAGGUGGGCAGAGCUGCCCUCUCGGCAUUACCUCUACUGCAGGCCUCUGCCAGGCACACACCUCACUGCCAGGCCAUUUAAUCAGCAUCCAGUCUGCUGGAGGUGACAUGGCCUUCUCCUUCCAGCCAUCUGCUGCCACGGGCAGGCCCUGGCUAUAGCUUAUACACUAUCUCCUCUUGUCCCCACCCAGCCAUCAAAGCCACCUACGUGAUAACCCAUCAUGUAUUAAUUAAUAAACUCAU